CUGGAAAUUGUUAUCCAGCCACGAUCUGAUCCGUUUCUCUUUAGAUCCUGUACACUGGGUCGACAACCGUUUCUAUCUCCUCCUCUCCUCCGCUCCUUCCUCACCCUUCACCAAGUCAGCAUGCCUGGGGUUCUGAUGAACCAGACGACCCAGGGAGGCAGUGCCUCAUCGACCACCAGUCAGACUUACAUGGCUUGGAUCGACCAGCAACAGUGUCUGAUCGAGACAUACCGCGAGAUCCGCGCCAGCCUCAGUCAAAUGGAGGCCGAGAUCGAGGCGGCUCGGUCGCGUGUCACUGACUGGUCGACUGCUCAUGCCAACAGCGCAGCUGCUUCUGUCCUUUCGGCUGGAGGUUCUACCAGUUCCGGUGCUGGCAGACAGAGCGGUCUGGCCGGCAUCUCCAGUGCAACAUCUUCUGCCUCCGCGUCUUCCUUCACUUCAAGGGGAGCAGGUUGGCGUCCGGUGAGUGCGGCUUCCCGGCGCACGGCAACCGCCAUCUGCAACGGAAAUGGACUCAGCGCCAGUCGACUCCGUCCGAGCAGAAAUCAAAUAAUCGCACCCGGGAUCAGCUUGACCAGCAGGAGAGCUCUGAGGGCCUUCGACUCCUCUGUCUUAGCUGCCUCCGCCAGAAAUCGGGAUGAUUUCGGCGGUGGUACUGGCACCGGUGGGACUAGGAGUGGUCUUGGAGACCAUAUUCCGACCACGCGAUGGUCGACUCGUCUGUCUUUCGUUCCUUCCGUCCGGACGUCUUUGACUUCUCUUUCAUCCUCUUCAAAUUCUCCUUCGUCAUCAGCCUCCUCAUCUCUUUCAGCCUCAUCUCAGUCAACCGCUUUGACCUCUUCAACAGCCAAUUCCACGUCUACGGUCUCCUCGGCUUCGAGGGCUUCAUCACCAACCGCUUCUUCCUCUUCUACUGUCUCCUCAGCAUAUAAUCAAGGACGGUUGACCGGGGUGAGUAAGACCAACUAA